AGUGCGCCUCCCAUUUGCCAUUCUCCAGUUCCCAGCUUCCCCCUGGCCGCUUCAUUCUGACAAACUAAACUGUCUUCAUAUCUGUCAGAACUGCCAUGAGUGACCAGGCUGCUUCUUUUUCUUCUUCUUCUUCUCUGCCCCUGCCCGGAUCGAAGGCUGUUUUUCCCUCACCGCUUGCGUCUGCAGAAUGUUGCGAGGAACACGACGAGUACCUGUCCUUGUUCUGUCUGGAUGACUUGGAGCCCUUGUGUAAACACUGUGCAGCUGACAGCCACGCACGCCACAGGGUUUACCUUUCAGCGGAGGCCGUGACCGACUGCAAGGAGGAGCUUAAAACAUCACUAACCGGAUUAGACGUGAAGAUUAAAAACUUCAAAGACGUAAUGCAGGCCUGCAGAGCGGCAUCCAAGUGCAACCAGACUAAUUUCCACCUCACAGAGGAGAUCAUGAAGGAAGAAUUUGAGAAACUUCAUCAGUUCUUGAGAGAGGAGGAAGCAGCCAGACUUCAUGCGCUGAUGGAGGAGGAGGAGGAGAAGAGCAGGAAGGCUGCAGAGAGGAUAAACCGACUAAACGAGGUGAUGACAUCUCUGGAGGACAAGAUCCGGCUCACUGAACGGGAGCUGCGUGCCGGGGGAGAAGGAACUGAAUACUUACAGGAAUACCAAGAUACAUUGAGUAGCACAUGGUGCGGUAACGCCAAGCCGGAGAGGAUUCACAGGCCUUUAAUCAACGUGGCAAAACACUUAGGCAACCUCCGACACGCCGUUUGGGAGAAGAUGAAACAAAUCGCCCCCUAUACUCCGGUGACCCUGGAUCCCGGAGCAGCAGGCCGGGCUGCGGGGGCGUCGUCUUCAGAGCUGAGCCGGUUCCAUGUCACCGCUGGACCCCGGCAGAGCGCAGAGCAGCUCAUAAACGAGCCCGAACACCUCCACCCGCAUCCCCGCAUCCUGGCAAGAGAGGGCUUUGACACCGGGGUGCACUGCUGGGACGUGGAGGUUGGGGAGACCAACAGAUGGACAGUGGGUGUAGCCGCUCAGUCAGCGCUGAAAACCGUCACAUGUGAAGCAUCUCCAGAAGCCGGACUCUGGUGCAUCAGGCUCAAGGACGGAGAGUACCAAGCUCUCACGACUCCCACUCAAACCCUCGACGUCGGCACCUCACGCCGCCUCAACAGAGUCCGAGUAAAGUUGGACCUCGAAGGAGGGGCGGUGACGUUCGUAGAUGCUGACACGGACGCGCCUCUUUUUACCUUCACGCAUUGUUUCGCAGAAGCAGUCUAUCCUUACUUUGAGGCGUCGUCUGCAGGUGGAGGCGUUGCAGUGCGGGAGCAGAGAGUGAAGAUCAGCUUGGAGUCGGAGGAUCGGCCCGCAAAGGGCAACUCUCCCACAGAGAACGGUACUACAGCAGAGAUAGCGAGAGAAACGGACGCCGAGAAGAAGUCGGCCGAAUUAUGUUGUGCGAAAAAGGAGGAAUCAGGAAAACCUGAAAGAAAGGAGAAGACACCAAACGCCAGACAUGUUAAGAAGCAGAGCAGAAAGAGCAGGUUUAACGUGAGCUACCAUGUUUCACUGAACAAAGCCCUGAGUGAUGCCAACUAGUUUAACAAUAACCUGUUCUUAUUAAUAAUGGAGAACCAAAUCGCAGUUUUAUACUCUUAGACCUAGUUUUAUCAGAACAAGAAUCCAGAGAAUCCCUACUAGUUUAUAAAUGUGGAGUACUUUUUUUUCU